GUUGAAAUGGAAAUGUCUAAACUUUUAAAGCUAACUUCAUUUACGUGUUGUUUUCUGUCCAUGAGGCAUUAAAAUAUAUCGUUGGAAACCAAAAAUUCAAUAAUGAUGCGAUGGUGAUCCAAUAUUAUACUGAUAGGCAGUAGUAGUCAUGGAAGAAACUGAAAAUUCCGUGGAAUUUGAGGGCACUGACAUUGACAAUAAUAUUGUACCACAAGAAGAUUUUGAAGAGGAUAUCAGUUUGGAAAGUGAGGACAUUACUGCUAGUGGAGGUGAAGAUUUUAAUAGUCAAAGAGGCAGAGGUCGAGCAAAUUUUAGGGGCAGAGGACAACCACGAAAUUGGCCAGGUCCGCCACCUGGUCCACGAGGAGAAGGACCACCACCUAGAUUUCGCGGACGAGGAUUCGGUCCAGGGGGACCACCACCAUUUCGAGGAGGUAGAGGAGGACCGCCGCUUCCAAUGUUCGGAAGAGGGGGACCUCCCCCACGCAAUGGUCCACCUGGUGGAUUUAACGGUCCACCGAACUUCAAUGGACCCAAUUGGGGUGGUCCUAUGGGACCACCGGGAGGUGUUAAUGGGCCGCCGAAUAUGAUGGGGCCACCGGGAGGACCUCCUUUUGGACCUCCAGGGAUGAUGGGAGGACCACCAAAUAUGGGAAAUGGACCACCACCAAUGAUGGGGGGCCAAUUCGGACCGCCUGGGUCUAUGCCUACUUCCCCAAAUAUGAACAUUGACGUAAACAGUGAAAUAUGGGUUGAAACAAAGACAGGGGAAGGAAAGUCGUACUACUAUAACGCUCGAACUCGAGAAACAACAUGGACCAAACCUGAGGGUCCCAACUUAAAAGUCAUUUCCCAGGAUCAAGUGGAGGCAAUGGCCCAAGCUGCGGUCACGACAUCAACAACACCGCAAGGAACAUCCACCGCCGCCCAAGCUGCUCUAGCACAGGCAAAUGUUACUAACAAAACAGAAGAACCGGAUGAAUCCAAGUCAGACACUGCAAAGGUAAAUCAAAUGGGAUCGGGCAUAAAUACUACACCUAACGGCCCUAUGCAACCAUCAGGUUUAAUGCAAGGACCUCCACCAGGAAUGGCUCCAUUUGGUGGACCACCUGGACCUGGACAAUUCGGCGGGCCUCCUUUUGGAAUGCCUCCUCCUGGUUUUCAGGGAAAUUGGGGUCCUGGACCACCUCCGUGGGCAACCGGACCUCCGGGCCCGGCACCGUGGGGAAUGCCACCCGGGUUGAUACCAGGAAUGCAACCUCCCAUAAAUCCGAUUGAAGAGGCGGCGGUUAUGGCAAAGGUGGAUCCAGAAAUUGUCGCGAAGGCCUCCGAGUGGACAGAGCACAAGGCACCCGACGGGCGGUUUUACUACUACAAUGCUAAAAAAGGCGAAUCAGUGUGGGAGAAACCACAACCACUUAAAGACUUAGAAACUGCCAAGUUAGCGGCGGCUCAAGGCAUUUCGACGAGGCAGGACACCGAAAUCGUAGGACCUCCCAUUGAAAUUCCAGGUAAGCAACUGCAAAACCCAGUUAUUGCGACAAAUGGCGGCGAGAUAGUACCACCGAAUGUGGUAAUUGCGGUAGUGGAGGACGACGCCGAAAAGCAGAAGAAAAAGGAGGAGGAUGCAAAACGUAAGAAAGAGGAGGAAGAAAAAAUGAAAGAGCAAAAAGCGCAAGACAAAUCCAGACCUAUAUCAAGCACACCUGUUCCGGGAACUCCAUGGUGCGUAGUGUGGACCGGCGAUGGACGAGUAUUUUUUUAUAACCCAUCAUCAAGAACUUCAGUAUGGGAAAGACCGGACGACCUUAUACGACGAUCAGAUGUUGAUAAAAUGGUGAGCAAUCCCCCUGAUUCUUUACAGUCCCAGAAAGAUGCAACGGGAAAGGUUACACUCAAAAAGAGAUCUGCAUCGGAAGAUAGUGAUAGUGAUCGAGAAGAUCCAUCAAAAAAACUAAAAGUUGAAAAUCCACCUGUUGCUAGUAAGUUGUUACGAAAAUGUCCUUUUUCUAUCACAUUGUGCGUAGAAAUAGUUCCAGAUAUCGAAGUUACCCCACCACAAGCGAAAAAAAUUGACAUUGGUAAGGAGGCUGCCAUUGAAGCCGAAGUGCGAGCUGCAAAGGAGCGCGCAAUAAUUCCGCUAGAACAGCGCAUUAAAUCCUUCAAAGAAAUGUUGACCGAAAAGGAGGUGUCCGCAUUUAGCACCUGGGAAAAGGAGCUGCAUAAAAUUGUUUUUGAUCCACGUUAUCUUUUGCUAACUUCGAAGGAAAGAAAACAGGUUUUUGAAAGAUACGUAAAGGAAAGGGCAGAAGAAGAACGUAGAGAAAAAAGAAACAAGUUACGAGAACGCAAAGAUGCGUUUAGGAAAUUGCUCAGUGAUAGUCAUCUACACGGAAAAUCGUCAUUUAGUGAUUUUGCACAGAAGUAUGCAAAAGACGAACGAUUUAAAGGCGUUGAAAAAAUGAGGGAACGCGAAAGCCUUUUUAAUGAGUAUUUAAUUGAAGUAAGGAGGAAGGAAAAGGAAGAGAAGUCGCAACGACGCGAGCAGGUAAAGAAAGACUUCUUUCUUAUGCUGAGGGAACAUUCCGACAUAGACCGGCAUGCUCGUUGGUCUGACGUUAAGAAGAAAGUGGACUCGGAUUCAAGAUACAAGUCAGUCGAGUCAAGUGGCCAAAGGGAAGAUUGGUUUAGGGAGUAUUGCAAAAUUUUAAAGGAGGAGAAGAAGAAGGCCAAAGAAAAGGAUCGCGAACAUAAAAAGGAAAAGGAUAAAGAAAAGCAUAAGAAGAAGGAUAAAGAUAAAGAUCCUGACAAACAUUCAAAAGAUAAAAGUAAGCAAGAACACAAACUUGAAAAAAGCAAAAGGGACUUGGAAGAACCUGAAGAUAUUCCAAUGAAAGACGCUGAGGAGAUGGAAACAGAUGUCCCACCAGGUGACGACGAUCGUGCAAAAGAAUUAAAAGAAAAGCAAGCUCGAGCAGAAGCAAGUAUGAGAGAACGCGAAAAAGAAGUGCAACGGACAUUAGCCACUCAUAUGCGAGAUCGAGACAAGGAAAGAGAACAGCACAAACGAGAUGAGGCCAUCCAGCAUUUUAAUGCGUUAUUGUCCGAUUUAGUAAGAAACUCAGAUUUGGGGUGGCGUGAAGUUAAGCGAUUAUUAAGAAAGGAUCAUCGUUGGGAUUUAGCAGAUUCGUUAUCCCGUGAAGAAAAAGAAAAACUAUUCAAUGAGCAUAUUGAACAUUUAAUAAGGAAAAAACGGGAAAAAUUCCGAGAAUUAUUGGAUGAAACUGGAGAUGUAACUUUGACAAGUACGUGGAAGGAAAUCAAAAAGAUGAUUAAAGAAGAUCCCAGGUAUACUAAAUUUGCGUCUAGCGAUAGGUGCGAAAGGGAGUUUAAAGAUUAUCUGAAGGACAAAAUGAUAACUGCAAAAGGGGAGUUUAAGGAAUUACUUCAGGAAACCAAAUUGAUAACUCAUAAAUCCUUAACCACUUUAAGGGAAAAUGAAAACCAUAUGCAAGAAAUAGAAGAUAUUUUAAAAAAUGAUCGUCGCUAUUUAGUUUUGGAUCACAUUCCAGAAGAAAGAACACAAUUGAUACUAAAUUAUUUAGAAGAAUUAGACAGAAGAGGCCCCCCUCCACCCCCUACAGCUAGCGAACCAUCACGUAGAUCGGUAAAGUAGGCAUAGUAUUUUCACAAAAUGGCAUUUUCGUCUUGUUUGAUAGUUUUUAAUUUAGACAAAGUAAGUAUAAUGACAUUGCCAUAGUAAAUAUGGAAACUAGGACGAAUGAUUGUAUGCGUAUAUUGAUUAAUUGAACAAAAAAAAACAAGUUUAUUUAAUUGUAAUUUUGCUAAUUGAAUUUUAUUUACUAAUAUU